AUGUCUGACUAUCGUGGAACUGCGAUGCCUGGUUCCAGUGGCAGGCAGUAUCAGCCUGUCUAUCUGCCACCAGCUGGUCCAGUCUCUGUCCCGCAGCCACGGCCACAGCUCGACAACCACGAAGACAUUGUGGCUCUAGAGCAUGAGGUAGAGUACUACAAAGAACAGCUUGAACACUCUGAGAUCCAGCGAGAGUGUAUCCAGAACCAACUGGACACGGCAAGGGCCCAGGCACGUCACGACGGCGACAUGAUUGCAGGUUUGCAGGCGCGUAUCAAAGAGCUAGAGGAGAUGCUUCGGCGUCAUGGCAUCGAAGGAGACGCCAAAACAUCUUCGAUGCCUCUUAUUGACGCGAACCCCGAUGCUGAGGAGUACGUGGACCCGAACUCGGGCAACGGGAACGGGUCAUCGUUGAGGAGAAUGUCGACACAGGGGAGUUCCGACGUGUCACCGACUACGCGAUACUUGAACGUCUUCGGCCAGCCACCGCCACGGUUUAACUUGCAAGUUGCUGCUGCAAGAGCGGGCGAUAGUGAGGUCGAUGGAGCAUCGCAGGCUCACUUUAGCCUACACUCGAACGCAACCUCUGGUGCAGGUACGGGAACGGGAACGGGCAGCGGGUCUCGAGCAACUCCUUCUUCGCCCGAAGAACAAAUCGCCUCCUUUGUAUCAUUGAUUGGCAGGGAGCCUCAGCAAGUUAUCCACAUGCAAGACCCUCCAUUUAGUCCCACUGACUUUGCGAAUCGACUGAUCGGGCUGUGGACGACCUCGAAAUGCUUUGCGAUGAAGUACACCAACACGACCUUUAUGUAUGAUGAGAACGCAGUGGGACAGAACGUGCGUGUGUUCCUGAACCUGGCCUCGGAUAGGUCCACGGAGUUGCUUAGCGACGUAUCGACCCGAUUCUUGAUGGUUUCAAAGGCGAUCAACUGGUUCAUUGCAAAGACAGUUCUGAAGACGUCCGUUGUCAGCGGGUUCGAUCCAAACGUUGACUCCGAAAUCAAGCAGAUGGCUACUCAUCUCAAUUCCUCUACGCCUCAUACCGUGAAAAAUGCCAUGAUCCGGGGAAUCGGACAACACGUCCUCGUGCUCCGCAACCGCCCACUGUUCGACAACUUCUACAACAAACGCACCCACGAGCACACCCAGCAUCUCUUCCAGCUGCUCUCUCCCUUGAUCUUCUCUCGUGACCCAGAAGCGUGGUGCGAGUUGGGAGAGCUCAUGGUCGAUGCACACGGCCUGGCACUAGCCAUGUACUCUGGUCCAUACGAGUUCAAAUUCGUCCAUCCGUUGAGCCACCACUACUUCGACCCGAAGUACAUGACCGACCAUAAUGCCGGAACUGACGAAGACUGGGGGAUGCAGCAGGCGAAGAGAAAGUACACCGUAAAGCUUGCCAUUACACCAGUCCCGUUCUUCAGGAAUGCCAUUCUGCAGCCUGAGGCGCCACUUCAGGUCCUGCAUCUUGGAGACGUGAUCUUAGGCCCUGAGGUCGGACAUGAAUAG